AUGAGUCAUCAAAUCCGGAGUUUGUCCGAACUGCAGGAGGAGGUAAACUCAUUGGAUAGUCGCUACGUAUUGGAGAAAAUUAUUGGUGCCGGUUCGUAUGGAAUAGUAAUACGUGCCAGGGACACACUCAAUGACAACGAACUUGUAGCCCUCAAGCGUGUAAACAAGGAAAUAUUUGAGGAGAUGAUUUUGGCGAAGCGUGUGUUGCGUGAGAUUAAGUUACUUUCAUUUUUUAACGAUGAGAAUAUUAUUGCUCUUCGAAACAUUCUCACACCGCUUGACAGUGAAGAUUUUGAUCACUUCUAUAUUGUCAUGGAGAUCAUGGAGACAGAUCUGAAGCAAGUGCUACGCACUGGCCAAGAGCUGACGGAGGCUCAUGUUCAGUUCUUCAUUUAUCAAAUCCUCCAUGCAUUGAAGGUGAUUCAUACCGCUGGGGUUAUUCACCGCGACAUCACCCCAGCGAACAUUCUAGUGAACCAGAAUUGUGAUUUGAAAAUAUGUGACUUUGGUCUCGCAAAGGAGGAAAAUGACCGUGGAGAGAACAUGACUGACUACGUGACAAUGCGCUGGUACCGAGCACCGGAGCUUGUGAUGGAGGACAAGAACUACUCCGCACAAAUUGACGUCUGGGGCGUAGGGAGUAUUCUUGGCGAGCUGCUUGGUUCACGACCGCUAUUCCAAGGCAAGGACCGUGUGCGACAACUCGACAAGAUCAUUGAGGUGAUUGGCACUCCGUCCGAGGAGGAUAUAAAAUCCCUCGGCUCACUGCCGGCACAGAAGUACCUCCGCAAGAAGGAGACUCGUCCCCCACUAGACUGGCGCGCGAAGUACCCGAAGGCGUCUGAGGAGGCGCUCGAUCUGCUGAAGCGCAUGCUCGUCUUUCACCCCGAUAAACGCAUCACCGUGGAUGAGGCUCUUCGGCACCCGUUCCUGGCGGAACUCUACGACGAGCAAUACGAAACCAUCAACAUACCCCUUUUCAGCUUCGACGAACAGGAACAAAAAACGGUGCAUGACGUGAAGAAGGCGGUGUACGAGGAAAGUGUGAUGUUCCAUGAAAAGUACCCCAAGACCGCACCGCGUCAUCGGCAGUUACAGCACCAGCAACAACAACAGCAGCAGCAGCAGGGUGGCUCAGCCCUUCCGUCUAUGGAUGUCACCGGCGAGGGGCGCUCGGCUCAAAGGACGAUUGAACGAGACAACGUGGAGGAUGUAGACAAUGGCCGGUUUGACGAGAUGUUGGAGGCGUCUUAG